UCGGUUGGUUGGUUGGUUGGUCGAACGGUCGAACAGUCGGGCGAACGGCGUCGCGUGACGGGUGUCGCGCAGCGGUUGUAUCAGCGGCGGUGGACUAGGAGAGAUCGCGGCCUACGAACGAUUCUCUCGUGUCUGAUGAGCUCCUCCGUCGCGCCGCUGCUGGUGGUAAGAUGGCUGUGCAGUUGGAUGGAGGAGGGAAGGAGGACCUGAAAACACAAUUCGUCACGCGGGAGGGCACGUACAAGCUGAUGACUCUGUCGGAGUAUUCGAGACCGAACCGGGUCGGCUAUACCAAUAGCCAGGGCAGCGCGUCCGUCAGGGUGUCGUUCGUCACGCUGCCAGACCCAGCGGACCCUACAGGCGCGCAGGGCCUCGGUGACCGAAUGUGCUUCAACUUCGGCAAGGAGCUCUACGUCUACGUUUACCGAGGCGUUAAGAAGGCUGUGGACUUGAACAAACCAGUGGACAAAAAGCUAUACAAGGGAACCAAUCCGACCUGCCACAAUUUUAAUCAAACGACAGCGACAGCCGACAGCGCUCCAUUGCUGGUGGGCUUCUCGACUGGGCAGAUACAGCUGAUCGAUCCGAUAAAGAAGGAACUCAGCAAGUUGUACAACGAGGAUAGGCUGAUUGACAAGAGCAAAGUGACGUGCAUAAAAUGGGUGCCCGGCUCGAACAACCUGUUCCUGGUGUCCCACAGCUCUGGCCAGCUGUACCUCUAUAACGAAGAGCUGCUGUGCGGCACCACCGCGCCGCACUAUCAGUCGUUCAAGUCGGGAGACGGAUACGCCAUAUACACCUGCAAGACCAAAUCCACCAGGAACCCCCUGUACCGGUGGGUGAUAGGCGCGGAGGGUUGUUGUAUAAACGAGUUUGCCUUCAGCCCGUGCGGCACGAACCUGGCGGUAGUGUCCCAGGAUGGAUUCCUGCGCGUAUUCCAAUACAACACGAUGGAGCUAGUCGGCUCGGCGAGGAGUUACUUCGGCGGCUUCUUGUGCGUAUGCUGGUCGCCGGACGGGCGUUACGUGGUCGUCGGCGGCGAGGACGACCUGGUGACUAUCUGGAGCUUCCACGAGAAGCGCGUGGUGGCGCGAGGACAAGGCCACCACAGUUGGGUGAGCGUGGUCGCCUUCGACCCGUACACCACGUCGUACGGGGACCCCGACCCCGACUUUAGCGGCUCGGACGACGAGACGAUGCCACACAACAAUCACAAUCACUUUCACGAGAAGUCGAAUCGCCUGUCGACGACCUCGCAGAGCGGCGGCGUGCAUUCGAACCGGAACUCGUGCGGCUCCGAGCUGAGGAUGUCGGGCGGCACGUGCUACAGGUUAGGCAGCGUGUCUCAGGACACCCAGCUGUGCCUGUGGGACAUCACGGAGGACGUGCUGAGGCAGCCGGUGUGCGCCAAGCAGAGGCCCUCGGUGGCGGGCGGCAGCGCCCUGUCCGCAUCCGGCACGUUCAACAGUGGCAACGGCACGACGACGACGGGCACGGCGACGGCGACUGCGAACCAUCACUCGAACAAUGCUAAACACAAUAACUCGAAUAACGUAAACUCGAAGGAGAGCGUGAGUGGUAAUAACGAGACUAGUAACAAUAGCACGAGCACCAACGCCGCGGUAGCGACGGUGAACUCGCUGACGCAGAGGUUAGCGGGUCUUGGCUUCGGCGAGCGUAAGGGUGAUAAUCACAAGAGAAACUUUAGCCUCACUAUGCGAGGCGCGACGGGUGCGGCAACGGCGGCAGCGGCGGCGGCGGCGGCGGCGGCCAACAGCACGGUCGUGCAGAACAGUGGUGGCGACAAGACCUCCAGCACCAACGCGAACGCGAGUAGUAAUCUGAACAGUGUCGGUGGGGCGGGUUUAGUAGGUGGGGCGAAUAAAAAGGUUAGUUCCGUGAUGGACGAUCCCAUGAGAUUGAUAGGGACCGCCUGGUGUCCCAGGUUCGACGAGUGUCCGGUCCUCGAGCCGCUGGUGUGCAAGAAACUGGCGCACGAGAGACUGACCGAGUUAGUGUUUAGGGAAGAUUGCUUCGUGACAGCGUGUCAAGACGGAUACGUGUACACGUGGGCGAGGCCCGGCCACAUGUGCAACGAUGGGCAAGUACUCAAACACGCUGUGACCAUCAACCUGUCACCUGACGAUGAAAUGACGAUUACCCCGAUGGUACCAUGUUACAUGAAACCCUCCGGAUGCACACGGUGGCAGUCCCUUAAGUUGGGAAGCAGCACGCCGAUAAAGCCAGGUGACGUAUGCUCUUUGCUGCCUGACAAAUGUUGGUUUAAGAUCAUCUCUGUGCCAGAAACGAUGGAAAAAAACGAUCAGACGUUAAAGAGAAAAGCUGAUGAGGAUUCCAGCGGUGACAAAGUGGACAGUAAGAAAGCGUGCCUGUCGUUCGGCACAGAAGCUGCUAUGUCUCCUGCUGAGACCUUGAAGGACUUCCUCAGUGAUAAGAACUCUUCAGUCGAGUGUCUGGACCCUACUGUUAACGGGAACAAUGAGAGCAACGAUGCACCAGUGCUAGUCUUGCAAGAAAUCUACUCUGCAAGCUGUCCAGAAGAAAGCGACGUAUCCGCGACGUGCUCCAAAAUGUCGCCAGCUCCUCAGGAUGUAGCCGAAGCUGCCGUCGGGCGCGAGAGCAACGAGGAGCAGGGAAGGAGGAACGUCAACUCUACGAGGGAAGUCUCGGCAAACGUCGAAUCCGAGGAGAGGAUCAAGAGGGAUCACGACGCUCGCUUGAGCGAUCAGGUCGAAGCUGCUUCGCCGUUGGAGAACGAAGCCCGACCGUCGCCCGUUGCCGCACGCGAAGCUAGUACCUCGAGCGACGAGAACUCUGAGACUCCCAAGAGGGAGAAAUGCAUAUACGGCGCGCGAUGUUACCGGAGGAACGCUAACCACAGGAACAACUACAGUCACCCGGGCGACGUCGAUUACGGCGAGGUGGACGACCGGGAGGAAUGUCCUUACGGUCUCAAGUGCUACCGCAAGAAUCCACAGCACAAAGUGCAGUUCAAGCACACAAGCCUGCCUCGCCGCCGCAGAGCCGCUGCCUCCGCCUCCGCCUCCGCGCAGCCGGCAGUCGCGGACGCCGAAACGGACUCGUCCGCGGAGUCCGUCGACGAGUCCGACUAUGAACCGUCCGCUUACACGGAGAGCUCAGACACGAGAAGCGACUCGGAGGACGAAAGCAGGAGCGAGUGGGAGGACGGCACGACCGGCUGACGAUGGUUGCUUCCCCGCUGUUGCGUGCCGAGAACGUACAAAUUACAGGGCGGCCUUUAGCAAUGUAGACUUGUUCUCUUAAGAAAUAUUUAUUUUUCUAUUCGAA